UUGCAUUUUUAAUGGCUGCAAUUCCUGUUGCCGUUUCUCCGAUAUUCUGAGUUUAGCGUUCCCUUUAGCUGGAAGAAGGACGCGCUUUCGCUGCCUCUUCCGGGAGCGGGGAGGGGAGUUGCAAGGGAGGCGGCCUGCUGAGGCCCAGCCCGCCGGGAGUUUGGCUGACUGGCGGGCAGAGGGACGGACGAAGCCAGACUGCUAAGCUUCGGCUCGUUAGAGGGAGCUAUCGGCCGGAGGGAGUGGGGCUUGCUGCAGUGAGGGACCUGCUCCUGCCUCCGCUUCCACCUCCUCGAGAGCCAGAGAAACUGGCCGAGGAGCCGAGUUAGCCGUAGAAGAGGCGGCGACGAGGGGUCACGGCGCAGCCUCUUCGCGGCAGUCGAAGUGGGUGAGGGCCCUGGCGGCCACGGUUGCCACCGUUAUGAAUCCGGCGGGCUCCUCAGGACCGGCCCUGGGAGGAAAGCCGCUUGGCCGGAGUGAGGUGCAAAGGGAAUAGGGAGUGUUCCCAGCCCAUUCCGUUGGGUCCAGGCCAGUAACCUCCGUGUCCAUGAGACCGCCGUCAUCCCAUCAGAGUUGCUGCCACUGCCACCACUUCCUUCUCCUUCACCUGCAGCCACCGACCAAGGCACCCUGCUCUGCUUCUAAGGCCAUCAGGCCCGCUUCUUUGGGCUCUCCUGUUUCCUUUCCUCUGCGCAGCAGAAGGAAAAGACUACAGACUUCUGUGUGAAGAGAAUGGCUGUAACUUUGGAGAAGGCCCAAAGGGCAGGCUAUAUAUUUCUGAAGGCACUGUUAAGAUUUAGCUUCAUGGUUGCUAAUAACCUUGUUGCUAUUCCGUCCUAUGUUCUAUACUUAAUAGUACUGCAACCUCUUCGAUUGUUGGAUAGUAAAUGGUUUUGGUAUAUCGAAGGAGUAUUAUUUAAAUGGCUUUUAGCCAUGGUGGCAUCCUGGGGCUGGUGGGCAGGAUAUACAGUCAUGGAAUGGGGAGAUGAUGUUAGAACAAUUUCAGAAGAUGAAGCUGUGAUGCUGGUAAACCAUCAAGCAACAGGAGAUAUUUGCACUCUAAUGAUGUGCCUUCAAGACAAAGGCACGGUUGUUCGUCAGAUGAUGUGGCUGAUGGAUCAUAUUUUUAAAUACACAAAUUUUGGAAUUGUAUCUCUGAUUCAUGGAGACUUCUUUAUAAGACAGGGAAAAGCUUAUCGUGACCAGCAGCUUGUGCUUCUCCAUGAACAUCUAGAAAAAUAUUACAGGAGCCGUGAUCGCAAGUGGAUUGUAUUGUUUCCAGAAGGUGGUUUUCUUAGAAAAAGAAGAGAAACCAGUCAGGGGUUUGCCAAGAAAAACAAUUUGCCAUUUCUUACACAUGUUACACUGCCAAGACUGGGAGCCAUGCAAGUUAUACUGAAAGAUCUGGUAGCUCAGCAAGAAAAUGGAACUUUGGCAGGUGAAAAAAUUGCUGUAUCAGCAUCAGAAGGAUACAACCCCAAACAGCCAGAAAGUAAAUCAAAAGGCCUUCAGUGGGUGAUAGAUACAACUAUUGCGUAUCCCAAAGCUAAGCCCAUAGACAUUCAGACAUGGAUUCUUGGCUACAGGCGGCCAACAAUUACUCACGUACAUUACAGAAUUUUUCCAAUUAAGGACGUGCCUGUUGAUCCUGAAGCCCUCACUGUUUGGUUAUAUCAACGGUUCAUUGAAAAAGAGGGUCUCUUGUCACACUUUUACAAGACGGGAAUGUUCCCUCCUCUGCAAGGACAGACGGAAGUUGUUUCCCGGGAGAUGACCCUUAGCAAUUUGUGGCUAGUUCUUGUACAGUUAUUUGCAUUUUUGUCGGGUGGUAUGUGGUACUGCGUUCUUCAGUAUUUUUAUGAAUGCCUAUUUUAAAAGGUGAAUGAAUGGGACACAAGGACACAAUGAGGAACUUGGUACUUUACAGAAUGCAUCAUGUUAUGUGUUCAAAUAUGAAUAUGCCAGUAGAAAGGAACAUACUGGAUGGACUUUCUCUCCUUUUGGGGGAGGAUUUUAAAUUCCACUAGAAGAAAGGAUCAACAAUAUAAUGACCGAAUGAUGAUAUAUUUUAAGAACUGUCCAUAUUUUUAAAAGGCGUGACUCCAGCAAAUUCAGCAUUUGAACAGGAGAUGCAGUUAUACAACCAUCAGAAGUGAAUAUCUGUAGCAGAGAAUGCUUUUGUCACAGGUAGUAUUCAGCACUGUAGUUAAAACUCCAAAUUUUCAGCAACUCUUUCUUCAGUAGUCUGUACUGCAAGUCUUGUGGUAGAGAUCCUUCAUCUGCACAACUCAAAUUGUAUUGUAAUUAAUUAUGCCGGAUCUGUUUAACAUAAUCCACAGUCCUGGCUAUGGUAUUGUGACUACCCCAUGAUACCUGUUUAGUAGCUUUUUUUUUCUUUUUCUUUUUUAAAAAUUAUUUUGAACAUUAUCUCAGUGAAAUAUUCUAUUGUAACCCAUGAAAAGGAAAAGUACAUUGCAAGAAGCAUUGCAGUGUCAUGGAGUGUUGAAAAAACUGUGCAUACCUCAUAGACCAGUCUGUUCUUACCAUGUUUUCUGUUACUUGAACCUCUUGUGAAUAUCCUCUUGAAAGGGUGCUUCAGAAAUGGAAUGUCAUUAAUCUGUUUCCUGUUGUUAUUAUAGAAUGCAUUUUGUGUAUGUACACGCUUUCCCUCCCUCCCUCCCUUCCACAAAAUGCACUUUUAAAAAGUGAUGAUAAGAAGCAUAGCUAGAAAGAAACAUAGAUGCUGUUCCUAACAGCUUGUAUUUUGGAGGGUUAUCAGCAGUUCAGAGAUGUCUGGAUUUUCAGUGCUGAAGUACAUGAGUUGCCACAGACUUGGCAAAAUAAUAUUUUUUGUAAUUUUUAAUCUUCAGAGAGGCCUUUAUUUUCAUCUGACAAAAGAAGCACUGGAAAUGCAUGUGAGACAGUUUCUGUACAUACAUGCCAAGCACCUAGAUGCUUUGCUUAUAGGAAAAAUAAGAGGAAGUUAGUUUAAUCACCAGACAGAAAACCUAGUCUUUGAGCAAAACAAUAGGAAGAUAAUCUGCUUUAUAAUCCAGAGCUGUAGUAAAAUUCUCUGAACUGUAAAGGGCAUUACUAAAUCUCUCAUCUUGCUGAAAUAUUUCACUGUCAUAGAAAGGGAGUUUAACUAAAGAUGCAAUUUGGCACUAAAACAGGGUUCCAGGUGAUCACAUUACAGUUUUAUAAUAAUUUUGAAGGAAAAGAGUCUGUGUUGUUAUCACUCUUUGAAUGCUUGGCAUCAAUACUGUAUGCUGCAUCGUAAUAUACAAAACCAUUCCUAGAAACCCGUUUCUAAUUUACACGUUCAGGCCUGUACACUAAUUACCAAAUGUUGUCUUUUAUGGACUGUAACCUUUUUUCAAAGAGCAAAGCCAAGCCAACAACAGUUGUCUGUGCUGAGUUUGAGAUAUAUAUUCUCUGGUUUUUGUUUUGUUUUUGUUUUCCCAAAUUACAUGAGAACCAGCUUUGGUGAGUAGUAUAUAAAAUAAAAAUAUAAAACCACA